GUACACUUUUUACUUAAUGCACUUCAUACUCCAAUUUGGGGAAAAGCUUGUCGCUGUCGUAUUUAGUCUUUCUAACUUCGCCGCAGAUGUUGCUGCUGUUUGUGCUUCUAGCCUUGAGCCCUGCGGCUCUAGGUGACUCCCAAGAUUUAAUACUCGGGCAGAGAGAAGCCAAACUACUGGCGUUUUUUAGGAGCACGUCGCUGACAAGCAUUGCCACGUCCACUAAAUUUGCGCUCUCGACUUGCUGGUCCACAUCAAACGUUGCUUGCUCUGGACGGCGAAAGAGACGAGCUCUUAUCAGCCCUAAGCAUGACGCUGUUCGUGAACUGGAAGAGAACCUGCGUUUGGACAGCAGCGUGGCACUCCCCGGAGAGUCAUCAGCAUCUUUCGUGGAUAACAAUAACGGCGUCGAGAGAUCUGGUCGCAAACUCACCGUGUGGACAACCGGCUUCACGACCGUGACCAUCACAACAACUUCGUAUUAUGCUGGAACGACCGUGUCAAUAUCAGCUCUGUGUACGAUCCCCGGCAUGUCUGCGUCGUGUUUUGGUUGAGUGAACAGCAAGACUCGUUCAUCGACUCAAGACAUAUCUGACGAUGGUCAACUCGAAAUAUCAAAUGUUAUUAGUAAAUAGAUGGCCAUGGAAUACAAUUUCGUGCCUUGUAAACUCAAUUUGAUAUUGAUUUGCCGAACAAUUAUUUGUUCUAUAGCUUUAUGUGCCACUCUGGAUCAGAAUAUCUCUUGUGUAAAUAAUUUCUUAACUUGUUUUGUGAAUAAUUUCUUAACUUUUGAACGAAUGUACAGAUGUUUUUAAUGAGAAUUGAUGUCACUUAACUCUGAGGAAAAUCUUACACUAGUGCUAAAAGUUUGGUUCAUUUUUGUUAAUACGGCAAUAAAAAUAUAUGUUUACAUGCAAUGAG